AUAUGUUUAUGUUUUGUUUAGUAUAUUUCGAGGAAACAGUCUGAGUGGUGCUCUACAGAAAGGAGCUUUUGUGGGCAUGGAGAAAGCAGGAAUGUUAGAUCUUGGAAGAAACAAAAUAACGCAUCUUACCCCGGGACUUUUCCAAAACUUGUGGCGUCUUAAAAUACUGUAUCUCGAUGAGAAUCUGUUGACGUCACUUUCUCUGAACACCUUCCUGGGAUUAGGUCAACUCCGUUCCCUUAAUUUGAAGCAAAACUUCAUACAAGAAAUUUACCCAUCAGCUUUCAGUGGGUUGUUCUCCUUGAAAACUUUGGACUUGAGCCAUCAGAAUCUUUUGAAUAUAUCUCGAAACGCUUUUCUCGGACUUCGUUCGCUAUUCCACCUUGAUUUAUCACACAACUAUUUGAUGAAACUCAAUGAUGGUGUAUUCAACGGACUGGACCAGCUACUUUCAUUAGAUUUGACCUACAACAAGGUAACGCACAUGGAGAGUCGAAUAUUCGUGGGACUUAUGAUGUUAAAAAAAUUACGCUCUGAUGAGUUCCGUUUCUGUUGCCUCGCUCCCCACGUCGCCGAAUGUUACCCAGCACCCGACGAGUUUUCCUCUUGUAAAGACCUCAUGUCCAACAUUGUGUUACGAGUCUGUAUCUGGUUCCUUGGAGUACUGGCUUUAACUGGAAAUAUGGUGGUUAUUGUGUGGAGAUCGGUUCACAGAAUUAACAAUAAGGUAUUCAUGAAUUAUUACAACCUUGGCGAUAGGAGAUAUGUUAAUGGGAGUUUACUUACUGGUAAUAGCUGCCGUGGACGCUUACUACCGAGGGGUUUACUUUAUCUACGCCAGCUACUGGAAGCAUAGCUUUCUCUGU